AUGACAUCAAUCAUCUUUCACAUCGUGCUUUUAGCCAUCUUCGCAUAUUUGACUGUAACUGCAAAUCCAACAUGGAAUCCAAGCACAAAUCCGUACCCGAAAGUGCAUACAGUCGACAAAACAUAUACGUACAGAUCAGCAAAGCAAGGAGGAAAUGUCACAAUUCCAGAUCCAUACAACUGGCUUGAAGCAGACCUUCAUAAAGAUGCAGAUGUGAUUAAGUUUAUCGACGAACAAAAAAAUCUUACAGAGACGUACUUGGAAAAGUGCACCGAGAAGGACGCAAUCAAAGCAUCACUCACUUCGGCUUUCAAUUUUGACGAUUACGAUAACUUCUUCUUCGUUGAUGGAAUUGCAGCUCCGUACUAUACGUACAGCCUUACUCGAGCCAACGAGAACCGGCCAACAUGGUAUGUAUGUACACCUGAAGAGUUAGAGAUUGCAAGACAAAAUAAUAUGGCAACACCGCCCGGUAAGAAGUUUCUGGUUGAAGAGCUUUUGAGUCAAAAUGGAACGUCAAACAUGAAAGAUUGGAUGAAUUCUCCAGAUGGUAAAUAUUUCGCUUACCUGGUCUCGGAGUCAAAUUCUGAUAUGGCAACUUGGUAUAUUCGUACGAUCGACAACCCAUUGGUGAACGCAACAACAUUUCCACCUGGUGGUGAAGGUGCUUUACCGGACGUGAUUCCGUUUUGCCAAGGUAGUUUUAAAUGGUCACUUGAUUCUUCUGGUUUCUUCUAUGUUCAAACAGCAGAUAGUGAUGCAGGAGCAAAUACAGAAUCCGGAUCAUCUGUACGCUAUCAUCGAAUGGGCGUUCCGUAUGAGAAUGAUACAACCAUAGUACAUCCCGAUCCUAUCGCCUCUGACGGAAGAAACAAUAACUGGUUACUAAUGCUCAGUAAAGAUGGCACUUGGUUGAUCCUAGUAGGAGUUCGUGAUGUUUUGAGAUAUUCAAAAGUGUAUGCAACCUUUUUGCCGGGUCAAACGUUAUCCGAUAAUAUGAAAUGGAUAUCAGUAGCCCCUUCAUAUGAUUUCAAGCUGUCUCCUAUCAAUGUGGUUAAUGAUUGGCUGUACUUCAGUACAAAUCGAGAUGCGCUGGACGGAAAGAUUGCCAAAGCAAAACUUGAUUGGAGCAAAGCACGUCAAGUGAGCGAUGUAAACACUUUGAAAGAUUCGAUAGACUUUGUGGAUGUUGUGCCAAUGCAACCAUCUAUCAUGCUUUAUACACAAGUUGCAUUAUCGGACCAAUUUGCAAUUAUCGUCCAUAUCGUAAAAGGAAGGUAUAAGGUACAAGUUUUAGAGCUGGAAACAGGAAGGAUUGUACACACUGCUAUUCCUGAUAGCUCAUCACAAGUCACAAGCAUAACGACUGCACUCAAAGGUAAAUCUGUCAAUCUAGGUCUUUCAGGAACCCUUUCACCCAGAACCGUAUACGACGUCAGAUGGAAUGGAACGGCUUUUGAGGAUGUGCUGUUUACAGUGCAAAAGAUCAAUGGAGUCGAUCCAAAGGACUACAUCACGGAAGAAGUUCUUGCUACUUCCAAGGAUGGCACGAAAGUUCCCUACUCAAUCGUAUACAAGAAAGGAACUCAAAAAGAUGGAAAAUGCACUGCUUGGCUUCAUACAUACGGAAGCUAUGGAGUUGUUGAAAAGUUUUAUUUUGAUGAAACGUAUUUCUCUUGGUUUACAAGUUACGAAUGUACAAUCUUUGUUUGGUCUUCCGUUCGUGGUGGCGGGGAUGAAGGCGCAGAAUGGCAUAUCGCAGGUCAAAGGCAAAACAAAACCAAAACUAUCGAAGAUGUGGUUGCGAUCGGACAAGAUUUAGUACUUCGAAAGAUUGUAGCUCCAGGUCAAAUCGUCCUUGAAGGAAUCUCUGCUGGUGGUAUGGCCGUAGCAGCAGCAGCCAAUAAAGCUCCUCAAGGUACGUUCGGUGUUGUACUGCCCAAAAGAGCCGUUUUAGACUUCUUCUUGCGUAGACGCUCAACUGGAGGAUCACUACAGAUUGGAGAAUUUGGUGAUGUGUAUGAUCCAACAGAUUUUGAUACAAUUAUCCAAUGGUCUCCAUUGCAAAACAUCAACAAAACUCUCGAUUAUCCCGCCAUGAUGCUCAUCCCGGCCGAUUCAGAUGAUCGUGUUGUACCUGCACAUAGUUUCAAAUAUCUUGCACAAAUUCAAGCUCUUCGUCCAAACAAUUCGAAUCCUUUGUUAAUGCAUUUGGUCAGAUUUGCAGGUCAUUCCACCGCCGGCUUGAGCGCUCAAAAUCGUGCUGAUGAAGGGUUACAUCAAUUAUGCCUCAUUUCUCUUACUCUGCAACAGAAACGUAUCAAUUAGAGAUGACAUGUAUAUCCAAUAUCAUUAUUCCAAUGCUCAUCAUCUUUACGCCUGCAUGUCAUGUUAAUUGCUGUG